UUUUCUUAAACAGCCCCAACUGACCUUGCUUCCAAAGGUGAACCUGAAAAACAGCAACCUGAGAGCCAACACUGAGCGCAGUGAAAGCACAACACUGGGAAGCACUGAGGGCCUCCUAUUUCCAUUGAGUCCUUUUCCUUCCUCCAGCAAAACCUGGGGCUCAUCUCUGUCCUUACACAGCUGGACUCUUCUGUGAGCCUCUUCGAUAAGGUAUUCAGACAGAUAAAUUGCUGGUUUGCAACUCUGCCAAUCAGGUUAGUACAAUUUCCCUCAAGGAUGAAUGACAGCACAGAUAUCCAUUGUUGUACUAGAACCUGCCAUGGCUGUGCACCGCAGGAAGAAUUCUCCUCCCAUUACACUUACUAUUUUGAUAUUGAAUCAGUUAUAUUUGGUGGAACCUGCUUAAGAAUAAUGAAGAAAAGGAAGGACAUUUCUGUUACAUGUUGAUUCAACAGUGGCACAUCACAUUUCUGAUGGCAGCUGCUUCUGUUACGACAACCCGGCCGCGCUCCAGACGCAGGUUCAGGGGGAUAUGAAGGUGAACACAGCACAGUUCAUGGCACUCUACGCCUGGUAUUCCUGGCCCAAUGUGGUUCUUUGCUUCUUUGGAGGUUUUCUAAUAGACAGAGUCUUUGGAAUACGGUUGGGCACUGUAAUAUUCAGCAUCUUUGUUUGCGUUGGGCAGGUGAUUUUUGCCUUGGGAGCACUACUUAAUGCUUUUUGGCUGAUGGAAGUGGGCAGAUUUAUAUUUGGAAUAGGUGGUGAAUCCUUAGCGGUGGCACAAAACACGUAUGCAGUCAGCUGGUUUAAAGGCAAGGAGUUAAAUCUUGUGUUUGGAUUACAGCUGAGCAUGGCCAGAAUUGGAAGCACAGUGAACAUGAAUAUCAUGGGAUGGAUAUACUCACGAGUUCAAGAUCUUCUGAGGCAUACUGGUCACACUACUCUUGGAUUAGCUCUCCUGAUAGGUGGCAUAACAUGUCUCUUUUCACUGGCCUGUGCCCUAAUCCUUGCUUAUCUGGACAAGAGAGCAGAGAAGCUCCUUUGUAAAGAGCAGGGAAAAACAGGUGAAGUGAUCAAGCUGACCGAUGUGAAGAACUUCUCUUUGUCAUUGUGGCUGAUAUUUGUAAUAUGUGUCUGCUAUUAUGUAGCUGUCUUUCCUUUCAUUGGACUUGGAAAGGUCUUCUUCAUUGAAAAAUUCCAAUUCUCAUCUCAAGAAGCAAGUGCAAUUAACAGUGUUGUGUACAUUAUAUCAGCACCCAUGUCUCCUGUCUUUGGAAUCCUGGUGGAUAAAAUUGGAAAGAAUAUCAUCUGGGUUUUAUGUGCUGUAGUAACGACGCUUGCUUCUCAUAUUAUGUUGGCUUUCACUUUCUGGAACCCCUGGAUUGCAAUGUGCUUACUAGGAGUUGCAUACUCCCUGCUUGCCUGUGCCCUGUGGCCCAUGGUGGCCUUUGUUGUUCCAGAACAUCAGCUGGGAACUGCUUAUGGCUUUAUGCAGUCUAUCCAGAAUCUUGGUCUGGCAGUUAUUUCUAUAGCAGCUGGGAUGAUUCUGGACACAAGAGGAUACCUGUUUCUUGAAGUCUUCUUCAGUGCUUGUGUUUCCUUGUCACUGGUAGCUGUAGUCAUGCUGUAUUUUGUGAAUCACCUAACAGGUGGUGAUCUUAACUGGUCAGCAAAGAAAAGAGAAAAACUGCAAAAAGUAGCUGCAAAUGAAGCAGAAGAACAAGAGAAACUCAGACGUCAAAAUGAAGAUGACUUGGCUAAAUUACAGCCAAAAGAUGAUGACUUUAGUUUAAGGAAUAAAUACCUCUCCAGACUAGGCGCUCAGCUACCAGAUAAUUACUCUUCCUACUUAUCGACAAUGGCACACAGAAGCAUGUUGAAAUAGCAUCUUGCCCCACUUGCAAGAGCAGAAAUACGUUGAUGUUCCUGUACACAAAACUUUAUUUCCAGUACUGAGAACUAUUGCAGCGAAGCCAGAACGAUACACCACGGUUUUCUGCAAGCAUAGAUCUCAUUUUAAAAGUAUGUGGCUUAAGUUCCUUUCUGCACCUUGAGGUAAAUAACACACAGAUACUGAGGAAGAAUCGUCUGGCUGUUGACUUGAACACAUGAACUACGUGCUAAACCAUCCUUAACUCCUCAGUGAGUGGCUCAAACCAAUAGCAAAGACCUGAUUUCGUAGUAUGCAACCAUGGCUGUAACAUAGAAGCUUUCCUAUAGUAAUCAUGUUGCCGUGAAAUGAGUUGUGGUGUAAGCAUGGAAUAUUUAGCCUCUCAAAUUGGACAACUUUAUUGCCAUAUUGCAAACAGUCUGUUUCAUUUUUCUUAUAGAAAAUGUGAGGAAAGGCUGCCUCUUCUAUUUUGGCUCAAGUAAAUAUUUCUGAGGAAGUUAAGCUGUGCACUUCUAAUGCUACCAUUCAAAAAGUACAAGCCCUGGAACUUAAUACUAGAUCAUAGGCUUAGCAGUAACUUCAUGUAAGUCAGGGUUAAUGUGAAAUUUGAUCUACUUAAGAGGUUGCAACUAAAAAACAUGGGAAGGGUUAAAUGUAAGAACUGAGUUUUGGCACUCUGGAAAAAGUGGUUGCAUUUCAGUGUGAAGGUUCUACUCUUCCUGUAGCCUCUGUGGAAAGCUGCUUCCUGAGCAGAGCUAGUUCCCACUAACUCCUGCAGAGUGCAUUUCCACUAUUGUUUUCUUUUCUUUUUGUUAUCCAUGAAGCCUCACUCACCUAUUUGGACAUAAGUUCCUAAGCACUAAUCCUCCUUUAAAGGCAGGAGCAUCUGGCCUUCUUGAGCACAGGUUGCACUGAGCAAGGAGCUGCUAUAGGAGCAGAGCACCAGGUGCACAGGGGUGAGUGAGCUCUUGUUGGCUGACUUCAGGGAGUUUUGUGUGCCAUGGUGCUCAGCAGAGUUCUGCAGGUUGGUCGACUGCAGAGAAAGUAUUUUAUUAUAAUAAAAAUGUUACAUUAUUUCCAUAUACUGUUGGUUUUCUUUUUUCUUUUUUUUUUGCCUGCAGUGUUUUGAACAGAUCUGAAAGUCACGGUUUUAAGGUUUUGUUUGUUUGGUAGUUUUGUUUUUACAGAUACUUCUCAGUGGAGGUUUACAUCUGUGGGAGACAAAGGUAAUCUGACUGAAACACUAAGCCAGGAGCACUUAGAUUAAUAGUAAUGUAUUCCAAAGAACAGUCUUGGAAAACAAAGUGACAGUCUGAGCUAUGCUGAGUUUAUUGCAGAAGGGAAGUAGUACCCUGACCUGUGAUAACUUCUAUUGGUGCUUUUUGUGCUCCCUCAGGGAGCCAAAUGCUAUCAGCUGUGAAAACAGAUGAUGUAAAUUUGGUUGAUAUUCUGCUUGUAAACUUGUGAAUUCUGGGUCUUUUUUAAAUAAAAGCUUUAAACGGGUGCUGCACAUGUA